AUGAAAUUGAGCAGAAUUUAGGUGAUGUUAAUAAUCAAAAUUCAGAAAAGGAGGACAGUAAAAAAAGUAAUACUAAAGAAGAAGAUGCUGAUAUGAUAGAGAAUGACUAUGAAGAGAAAGUUGAUGAAAUGUAUAAAGGAAAGAUGGACUAUGAAGCUAAAGAGAAAGUCAAUAAAAUGUAUAGAGAAGAUAUUGAAGAGGCAGACUGA